AUGGUCGCGGUAACGUUCGGCGACAGCACGGAUGAAUACCAUCUGCUGCUCGAUUCAGCGGCGAGCAAUACCUGGGUUAUGAGCGAGGAGUGCGAAAGCGAAGCGUGUAAGACGCAUGCGACUUUCGGGACGGCGGAUUCGAGUACGCUGAAAACCGACGCAACAACCCACUUCAGCGUAACCUACGGCACAGGUUCCUCCUCCGGCCAUCUCGCAACUGACGUCCUCCACCUCGGCCCCUCCCUCUCUCCUACCCUCACUUUCGGCCUCGCAACGAACGUAUCCGACGAGUUCCGCGCAUACCCCAUGGACGGCAUACUCGGCAUCGGCCGCGGCGUCCAAGGCACAGGCGACGAUGAAAUCGCUGCACCACAAAUCAUGGACUUGCUUUCCAGCCAGGACCUCAUCGGCGCAAAGAUGUACGGUAUACAUUUGAGUCGGGGCGAGGAUGGGAAGAUGGACGGUGAACUGAACUUGGGAGAAGUGAACAAAGAAAGGUUUACCGGCGAGUUGAACUAUAUCGAUUGCGUAGACAACGAGUCAGGGUUCUGGGAGAUACCGUUGCAAGAUGCUGGUGUAGACGGAAAGUCUGCUAACCUUCCCACUGGAGUCGACCGAACGGCGAUCAUGGACACAGGCACAUCCUUCAUCCUCAUCCCUGAACCAGAUGCGCUGGCUCUACAUUCCCAAGUUCAGGGCUUCGAACAGGAUGGCGAGACGUUCUUCGUGCCCUGCGAUACGAGCGCUGCCAUACAAUUCUCCUUCAACGAUCGUGUAUACAACAUUUCCUUUGCGGAUUGGGUGGGGGCUAAAGAUGACGGGUCGGAGCUGUGCAGGAGCAAUAUUGUAGGCAGGAAGACAUUUGGCGAUAAUCAGUGGUUGGUGGGCGAUGUCUUUCUCAAGAACGUGUACAGUGUAUUUGAUUUCGAGGGCAGUAGAGUGGGAUUGGGUGUGUUGGGACAGGAGCAGGAUGUUAUUGCUGAGAGUGAGAGUUCUACUGGUACCAUAUCUCCUUCGGCAUCGAGGACAGCAACUGGGACUGGAGGAGCGAGCUCGAAUACAGCGGGUGCCGGACAACCUCAAGAUCAGGAGGGCGCUGCUGCUGCGAGGUCCUCGACUUCGACGUCCUUCUUCGCGCUGGUUGGAGCGCUUGUUGCGCUUUCGAUUUUCAUGUAG